AUGGACCCAUCAGUAACUGGAAUACAAGAGCCUUUUGAUCUAAUACGACUUUCUCUCAGCGAAAGGGUUUUUGUCAAGUUAAGAGGAGACCGGGAACUAACUGGCAUACUUCAUGCUUACGAUGGUCAUAUGAAUUUGAUAAUGAGCGAUGUUGAAGAGACUAUCAUGAUUGUUGAUCCUGACAAUAUCGCGAACGGCCAGAAUGUUGUGAAUGUCGCAAAGCGCAAAAUGGACAUGCUAUUCGUUCGGGGGGAUGGCGUGAUUCUUGUUUCUCCACCGUCUCGUACAUGA